GAAAAAUAUCGUGCCGUGGAAAUUGAUUGCAUGGAACAUUGAAAAAAUUAUUUGGGGCUAUGUUUAUAAAAAAUGUCUAUGAAAGGAUUAUCAGAAAACAUUGAAAGUAGCGACAAACAAUAUUUAUCUAUAUAUUAAGAAAAAAAACAAAGUGAAUACAAGUGAUCGCAUAAAGUGCAUAUACAGUAAUAAUUAUAAUAAUAAUGAAAGAAAUAAAAAAUAAAUAACCCAGCAAAGAAACAACGUAAACAUACAUUAUAUUUACAAAGGAGUAGGGAUUGCACUACAGUUACAUUACAUACUGCUGUUGUUUUUUAAUAUGUUUGUACUUAAAGUAGUGUAGCGUAAGGUGUAUGUUAUGCUCAGAAAUUUUAAGACAUUCAAAGUCGAUUGAACUCUACAAGCGAUUGCUCUUCUUGAUAUUAUAUUCAAAGCUCAGUCUGAAAUCUGUAAUUUUAUUAUUAUUAUAAUAAAUAAAAAAUAAAGAGAUAUUUAAUUUAAUUAAAAUUUGUGUUAAAAAUGGAAAGAAGUGAAAAUAAAACGUGUAAUAAAAUAAUGAAAAAAGCUAAACUAAAUAAUAUUGUUAAUGAUGAUGAAGAUAUUGUUAAUGAAUCAUUGACACUUGAAGAACUUAUUAAAGAACUUCAUAAAGAAUUCAAAACAAAUUCGGUUAAUAUUGAUCGUAUACAAGCUCUAAUGUCAUCUUAUGACAGUAAUCCGGAGGAUUGGAAAAAAUACGCUAAAUUUGAUCGUGAUCGAUAUACUAGAAAUUUAGUAGACGAAGGCAAUGGUAAAUUUAAUUUGAUAGUUCUUUGUUGGAAUGCGGCUCAGGGUUCAGCAAUUCACGAUCAUGCUGACGCACAUUGUGUUAUGAAAAUACUCGAAGGUCAACUAAUCGAGACAUUAUACUCAUGGCCAACGGAAAAUCCAAAAUAUCCCGGAAAUGUGGCCGUGCAAGAACUUGAGUCCAAUAUGUUGCAAGUUAAUGACGUAUGUUACAUUAAUGAUACAAUUGGCCUUCAUCGUAUGGAAAACCCAAGUACAACUGAACCAGCUGUAUCAUUACAUCUUUAUUCACCACCAUAUUCAUCGUGUAAUGCCUUUGAUAAACAAACCGGUAAAAGAACACCUUGUAAAGUUACAUUUUGGUCUAAAUAUGGGAUGCGUAAUUAAUUAAUGUGCUAAGGUGACUUCUCAAUUAACGAGUGAUCUUUUCAGAACGAAUAAUUACAUAUUAUAUGACUAUUAAAGUAUAUUUAUUUAUUGUAUAAUACUCGCUUAAAUAAUAAUUUGAGUAUUAGAAAUAAUUUUAAUUU